CCCCGCAGCGAGAGAGUAAAAAGGGACGUCCUAUGGGUCAAGUGCAGACCAGCCGGGGAUGACACAUCGAGGGGAUGGAAAGAAUUAAUGGAGGAAGCGGUAAACCGGUUGCGGGUGGCUCAUCCGCAGCGGAAUGUGUACUUGAUUCUGGCGGUUGGGACACGGUGGAUGGUGUUUGAGUGGGCUCCUGUAGGCUCUCAUGGGAUUUAUGGGCAUGGAGAUGGUCACGGUCAUGGUGAAGGGGGGAAGCAGCUUCACAUCAGGGCGGGCAGUGAUGGUGACGGGGAUAGUGACACAGCAGGUUGGCCGGUUCACCCUUAUAUCCGGCCUGUUCCGGGCCUCGGUGAGGUGCCGUACUUGGCUUCGUCUUUGGAUUCAGAUGGAGGGAUGCUUGAUCAGAUCGACACGGCAAUGGCGUAUUCGCUGGACUUUUGGACAUUGGACCCCGAAACACAGCAACCGGCAAACUUGGCCGCGUUGCAGACGCUGGAGGGGUGUUUGGGCCAUAUUCGAGCCGCGGAGUACGGGGGUGGGCCGAAUCCGAGUUAUUUCCACUAG